UCCUCCACUAGCACAUCCAAGCGAAACAACAGAAAGGGAUCUCGAUCGGCUCGACCUAGCCAGUAGCUCGACUCGACUACUACCGGAGAACAAGUCUGGCUAGCUAGCCAUGGCUACUAAGAUCCUGCCGGCCGUCGAGACCACCAAGCCAGUGGAGGGGGGAGCAGCGUCGAAGCUCCCCAUCAAGAGCAUCCCCGGGAGCUACGGCAUCCCCUUCAUCUCCCCGAUAAAGGACCGUCUCGAAUUCUACUACACCAAGGGCCAGGACGGUUACUUCCAGUCCCGCGUCGACGAGUACGAGUCCACUGUGGUCCGCCUCAACGUGCCCCCUGGCCCCUUCAUGGCCUCCUCCCCCAAGGUCGUGGCCGUCCUCGACGCCAACAGCUUCCAGGUCCUCUUCGACGUGUCCAAGGUCGAGAAGAAGAACGUCUUCACGGGGACCUACAUGCCGUCCACCGCCCUCACCGGUGGCUUUCGCGUCUGCUCCUACCUCGAUCCCUCGGAGCCCACCCAUGCCAAGGUCAAGCAGCUCCUCUUCAACCUCCUGGCCUCCCGCAAGUCACAGGUCAUCCCGACCUUCCGCACCAACUUCGCCACCCUCUUCGAAACCAUGGAGGCCCAGAUCGAUGCCGACGGCAAGGCCGACUUCAACAAGCUCAACGACAACACCUCCUUCGAGUGCAUCGGCGAGGUCUACUUCGGCGUCCGGCCCUCCGCCUCCAACCUCGGCACCACAGGCCCCACCAAGGCCGUCAAAUGGCUCCUCUUCCAGCUCGCCCCCCUCACGUCCCUUGGCCUUCCAAAGAUCCUUGAGGAAAUCUUCCUCCACACCUUCCCCCUGCCCCCUUGCCUCGCCAAGUCCGACUACAAGGCCCUCUACAAGUACUUCAGCACCGCCGCCGAGCCGGUGCUCGACGCCGCCGUGACGCUCGGGCUGUCCAGAGAGGAGGCAUGCCACAACCUCCUCUUCGCCACCGUGUUCAACAGCUACGGCGGCAUGAAGGUGAUGUUCCCAGGGAUCCUCCGGUGGCUCGCCAAGGCCGACUCCGAUCUCCACGCCCAGCUGGCCAAGGAGAUCCGGUCGGCGGUGGCGGCGGAGGGCGGGAAGGUGACGCUGGCGGCGGUGGAGAAGAUGGAGCUGAUGAAGUCGGUGGUGUACGAGGCACUGAGGAUGGACCCGCCCGUGAAGUUCCAGUACGGCAAGGCCAAGAAGGACUUGAUCAUCGAGAGCCACGACGCGGCCUACGAGGUGAAGAAGGGGGAGAUGCUCUUCGGGUACCAGCCCCUUGCGACGAGGGACGAGAGGGUGUUUGCCAACGCUGGGGAGUUCGUGGCGGACCGGUUCGUCGGGGAGAAGGGGAAGAAACUUCUUAAGUACGUGGUGUGGUCCAACGGGCCGGAGACGGAGAGCCCGUCGUUGUCGAACAAGCAGUGCGCGGGAAAGGAGCUGGUGGUUCUGCUGGGGCGGCUGCUGCUGGUGGAGCUCUUCCUCCGCUACGAUACCUUCACCGCGGAGGUUGGGACGGAUGCGCUCGGGAUCCAGGUCACCUUCACCUCGUUGACCAAGCCCAGUGCUACUUCCUAAGCCACCCACCCUUGAGUUUCUCCCAGCGCUUGCUCUUUUAUCUCAUAUAUCUGGUUAAAUAAAGUCAAAAUCUGGUUUCCCCGUGGUGUUUGUUUU